AUGGCGCAGGCAAUCAAACUUCACCUCGUCUACGCUGGUCGUGGCGACACUCUCAUUCUAGAGUUGGACAAUGAACUUGUUUUGGUUGAUGGUGGUCCAAUGACCCGCCAUCCCAUGAGAAACAGAUUUCCCGAUGUUACACAGCCAUUUGUUCUAGGUGAUGAACACGGACCUUACAUCAAAUAUUUGAAAGAGGCCUUAGUUGAGGUCUGGAGCCCAAGACCUGGCCCACCAACCCUGCGAGCCAUUGUCAAUUCUCAUGCUCAUGAUGAUCACUUUGGAGGUUUGCUCUAUCUCCUUCGCACUUGCAACCUAGGUCUAGAUCUCGCUCUUCACCCGAAUUUCAGUUAUCUCGUACCAUACAACUUUGAAGGUAAAAACAAUGAGAGCUACAAUUUUAUCACAGAUACACUCGCUCAAAUGAAUCUACGUCCUGGACAUGCCGGGAGACAGCUGGGUAUUGAUCAAAACAAUGUCACCAAACGACACGAACUACUCCCUCACAUCAACAUGGUGUUUCCAGAGAGUAUUGACUCUGUGAUCGCAUUUAUGGAUACUGCCAAUGUGUCUGAUUGGAAGACUGACUCAAGGUUCAUACUGGAUCCCAAACUUCGGGAAUUUGGAAGCGCAAACAAUAGCAGCAUUCUCAUGAAGACGCUGCAGCAGGGUCUAGCAAAUGGAGAUACAAAUCAAGGUAUCUUCUUUACUGGGGAUCAACCUGCGCCCAGAAUCAGGAAAUACAUUCAAGACAACGAAUACGACAUUUACAAAGUACAGCAUCACGGGUCUUGGAAUGAUGCUACCGACGUCAACGUGAAUGAUCCUAAAACUCUUUUUGCAGAUAAUAGUGUAGCACGUGAAGUCAAAAUCUCAAGUAUGAUUCAGAUAGCCAGAACGUUUGAGGCCACUGGCGCUUUUCCUCCAGAGGCGUGUACUGGACUCUGGAAAAAUUCAAUCAUCAGACCACAGGAUAUGGACAACGUGGUCACGGUCUGCCAAUUUAUGGUGAGACUCAUCAAUGAAAACAAUGAGCUUGGUCCGGGAUGGAUCGACAACAUUUGGGCGAGAUUAAAGAAAAGGAGAAAACGUUACAUAGACACACUUCUCAGAAGACCUCCAGAUAGUGGACGAAUAGAAAUGACGGAUGGCAGCGAAACUGUAAAGGAUAAUCUCAAGUUUCAAGAACAAGACCAGCUCAAGUCCAUUUGGGAGACCUUUGAAGAAGAAAUCAAGCCGCAAGUGGACCUUGCCACCCUCGAGACUAAUUUCGCUCCCUGUGGGAUUCCGAUAUACAACACCAUGCCGAGCCAAAAGCCACCGGGAUGGAAAUUAGGCGGAGCGGUAGAUUGGUACAUUAGGUUCGUAGAAGUCGAAUGUUUUGCAGAUUUCAUCGUCGCAAGGAAGAUUGGCAGUAUCGCAAAGUACUAUGGAAGAUUCAGGUCGAAAGCAUAUGCCGUGAGCGGUAUUUGGGAUUAUUUGAACCAUAGGCAUCCUACCAUCGAGUUCCUUAUUGGACUCGCGUUUUCUCUCCACAUCAAUGACCGAAGCGCAACUUUGUACAUGACUGAAGCCGAAUGUCUUCGGCAAACAAAGCUUGAUAUUAUUGUCAAAGGCAUAGACCUUAGUACAAUUGUUUUGUUUGGACCUCAAAGAUUAGAUCUUCGGGUGCUGACCGAGCAAGCUCCUGGAUACGUCAGUCUCAACGGUCUGUAUAAUGCAGAUCCGAGAGAAAUUGGAACACCUCUUGGUAAUCCUCCUAAUUCUCGACAAGUAACAACAUUGAUGUUUGAUAAAAUAUGGGUAAAGACUCUAUCUCACCAUCUCUCACAAGGCAUGAAGGUACUUGGUCCAAAGCAUUCACCGGCCAAUGCAACGACUCAGUAUCAAAUCACUGGAAAAUUUGCCGAAAAACUGUACUACCUAUACCAUGAUGGAGUCGACCUUAAAGUAAUGAGUAACACGGCAAUCACCGAUCAGAACCGUGAUUCUACACUAUUCAAAGUCCAGCAUGAAAGCUAUGCGUAUCGCGAAGGACUACUUUUACCAUAUCUUGAAGUUCAAAUGACACUCGCCUGGACAUACACCCCCUUCAAUGCUCACAUGCCAGACACUGCAACUCAGAUCAUCUAUUUGACUCUCGAGGACCAUAGCGGCCAUCCAAAUUGGAACAUUGCCAAAGAUCUUCCGGCUGGUGCAGGCCAGAGUGAAUUUUGUCUCCAAUACCCGAUUGGAACUCAGAUCCCGACACAUCCUGCUGACAAUGACUUUACCUGGUCAACGGAAGGCCCGCGUGUGCUACUAGGCUUCAGUGUCCACAAGUACAAGUCUCCACAGGUCAAUGGUCCUCCUGGACCAAAUCACCAUCAGCAACUGGUGUUUAUCAAUCCUCCGCAGAACAACUUGAUGCCAAAUAAUGCUAUUCAAAAUACAAACCUCGAAGGAAGUUUCUUGGAAGAAACUAGUGUGGAGCAGUCUGAUGAAAGCCAAUUUUCAUUCUCCGCGCCGUUAGAAAAGUUUUCAAUGCCACAUCGUGCAGCAUCAAGCGUAAGGCUAAGAGACCCACUGGGAGCCUCUCCUCAGAAUCCAACACAAACUGCAGAUGAACCUUCUGAGAGCACUCUUACACUUCGUCAAUACAUCGAACUCCUUGGUCUUGAAGUAAACGAAGUUCAAACCCGAGAGAGUGCCCUGCGCGCCAUUUUUAAUUAUCAUUCAUCUUUAGCGAAGUUCACUAAUUCGAAGUACGCAAAAUUCCUAUUAAUGACACCCAUCGAUUUGACAAACUCGCAAGUGACAUAUAGAAUGACCAAUUGGGGUCCAAUGACAAGUUCGGCAGUGUUGAAGACUUUGGUGGAACCAUCAGAGAACGUAAUCUUCGGGAAUGACAGCUUCGGAGUCAAAAGUUCCUUGGUAAAAGUAUCUCUAAACGAAAAGGAGGAUCUCGCAGCCUUUGAGUCAAUCAUUGAGACAGGUGAGACAGAAGAUGAAAAGAUUGUUCUUACUGCCAAACAAAAGCUCUUAAUGCCUCCAGAGAAACCAAGCCUUAGAGCCUACUUGAUCAAGAAAGGUCUAGCCAAGAGCAUGCUCGAUGUCAUAGAUCUCACUUAUUUGUUAUACUAUAUCCUCGGAAGUGAAAAUGAGACCAUGCAAUUGCUGAUCGGUGGUAUUCCUUCAAAAUUGAUGGAACCUGGUCUUUUCCUUCUCCAGCCGGAUCUUGAUCAGUCCAGGGCGAUUUUCCAACCUGCCAUUACCACUGGGGAGGAUACUCUAGUGACAGCAGACAUUCAGUUCAAAGUCGAUCAAUUCAUGUCACCCAUUGAUCUUGGACCGAUCAGGCUGAGGUUUGAUGGGAUAUCAAUGAAAUUAGACCAGAUAGACUCGGGGAAUGAAAGUAUUCUUCUGACAGGGGCAGCCAGUCUGGUGGCAGGAGAGCAUAGAGUGCAACUGAGCAUGGCACGAUACCUGAAUAGGCAAGAGCUGAGCACGCUAUUUAUAGUGCGAACAAAGGCUGGCCAACAAGUCGAGUCGAAGCAACGGCUGCCAGACUUCUCUCGGAUUCUUGGCUUGGACAAGCAGAAAAUUGAGAGUCUCAAAUUUACAUCACCAAUGCAGAAAGCUGGAAUCGUAGAGAACAGGCCCCUUCCUUCGCUUUCUGACCUUGACGCUCUGCAGCUCGGUUUCUCCAUUCGCGAGGAAGUCUGGGAUCCAUCAGAGUACACAAUCUCCAGUGUAUUCAUUGGGGUAUCCUACGACGGAUGGAGAGACUAUCUUCCAGAAGCCAUGAAACUAGACAAGAUUCAAGACCUCAAGGUACGUGUAAGCGUCAUGAACCCAACGGUAGGUACCAGGGCGAUAAGAGUUGAAACAACUGCUUCGAUAAUUAUUCCAAAGUCGAGUCCUGAGAAAUGGGUCCAAUUCGAUUUUGCUGCCGAUCCAGUAGGUCUCAACAAUGCGUAUGAGUACCGAGUGCGACUCUCCUGCAGUAGCAGAGUCAACAUUGAGGAUAUCGGCAUGGUGCUUGAUUUGAAUUUCAAGGAUUCCUUUGUCAAUGACAUCCCCGUAAUUGGGAGUAUUGUCGACAAUAUUUUUAUCAAGGAAGUGUCUGCUACAAUUGGAAGUCGAUCUCAAAAGCUCACGUUCGAUGACUGGUCUUUCAACCUUGGAGCAACGGAGAUUGUCAUUCUUCAGAAUCAAUUCACUCUACGAAACGUCGAGGUCACAGUAAAGAAGCUCUGGAAAGGCCCGUACUACACAUCUGGCUCGGGUGACAUUAUGAUUCAUCAACUCCAAAGAAUACUGAAAGUCAAGUUCAGCACUCCCCAAGUUGGUCAGCCCGGUUGGUUUGAGUCUACUGUCGAGAAUGGGGGGAUCUCUGUCAAUCAUCUUCUAAGUCUUGUAGGUACAGACAUCACCGGCAUUCCAGUCAUCGGUGAUCUUGCCACGAUCGAACUUCGUCUGUUCAAACUUUGCAUUGGAUACAUCACCAAGAUCAGCGGCGACAAUAAGGCCUCCAAAUCGCUAACUGUUCUUGGUGCAAUGCUACAAUUGAACAAACUAGACUUCCAUAUUGGAAAUUUCGAAUUCAAAAAUGGCUUCUUUUCCAUUGAAUGGCAGGGUGUCAAUCACCCCUCGUCCCUCAACGAAGAUCGCAAGGUUCUUUGCGCCAGCGCCAGUCUACCAGGAGGUCUAGUCAAUGCAAGUAUUAGAUAUGAAUCGGGCAACAAAGUUGUCGUUACGACUUUGAAACUUGUGGAUAAGAUUGUUCCCCUUACCAUACUGUUCACUUCAAUACUUCCAGACGACUUGAAGACAUCUGUUCUAUCGAGCUUCAUAGGCGACCUUGGAUUUGAAUAUGGAAGCAUAGGUAUCGAUGUGGCGAAGAAGGAGCUUGAAUUUCUAGAGCUUCAGCUGGCACAGGCGGAAAACCUGCGUUUGGGACUGGGGAAGCAAGAUACGGAGCAAAAGGCACUUGAAAUGAUUUCAUUGCAGGUAACUUAUCAACGCGGUGAUCUUAGGGAUAGAAACCUGUACGGGACAGAUAAUGGGGUUUCUACUCCGGUGAGAAUUGUUCCAACUUCUGGUGACGAGAAGUCUCCCAGCGGACAAUUUACAAGGGCAAAAUUUGCGACUGACAAAAUAGUGAGCGGUCAGCCGGCAAGUGAACAAUCAGCAGGAACAGAUCAUCACAGGCAGACUGGUACAACGGAAGAUACGUUGACUGAAUCGGCCGUUAACGACUCUGAGGGGUCUCGGAUCGAAUUCUUCUCUCGCUCGGCAAAGAAUUCAAAAAGAUUAGGUUUAAGAGUCAUUGCAAUCGAUGUUGAUGCGGUCCGUCUCGACAAUCUUUUGAACCUUUUUGGGUUUGGCAACGACCUGCCUUAUGGUAAGCCGCAAGGAUUUCCAUCAUUUACGGGCCUGAGGAUCAAAGACUUGAAAGGUGAGGUGGAGAUCAAUGCAGUCGCGACGGACGGCAAGAAACAGAGCAAAUUGACCAAGUUAUGCAUCGGCGUCGAGACAUCUGAGGGAUAUGAAUUGCUCUCGGACCCCUUGCUCAAGCUCGAGAAUUUAUAUCUAAGAUACCAGUAUGAUGCCGAUGUUACUACGGUGUCUAAAACGACGGUUGUUCUUCACGGGCGUAUGCUAAUCUCAGGUCUCGUACUCGAUGCCGUAUAUCUAAAGACACUAAAGUACGGAUCUUUCUUUGCUGCUCAACUGUCUCCGAAAGGGUUUCAAAGAUUGGACUUUACGGAUGUUACUGAUAGACUACUCGCUGGCAAAAAUAUUGAGAUGCCAAAGGACUAUGCGAAAGACUUGCCUUCUAAAUUUCCAUUGAAAUAUGUCGAACUUGUUUUCGCUCCAGGAGACUACAUCGAAUGCUCUGCUCUUGCGGCUGGUGACCCAAUAGGAGCCAAUGCUUGGAAAGCUGACAUUCUUGGUCUGAACUUCACCGUCAGAGAACUCAGUGGAUCCAUAAGGGUCACUUCACAAGGACAGAAGAAAGGCUGUGAAAUUCAUCUCUUUGGGAAAUUGGAUCUCGGAGACUUUACUAGUGGUAGAGCAAGUCUGGAUGUCACACCAGGAGGGCAGAAGCUAUUCACGGCGAUUGUGGGCAAAAAGACCGCAGAGUCUGCGGAUGUGUCAAGAUACGCCAAAGCGGUAACACAUUCGGAUACUGAUGUGUGGUCGCAACAGGUAUUUAAAGAUACGAAGUUGCAAUUUGACAGCUCUGCUGCUUUCUUGGUGGACUUUUCCCAGUCUCGGUUCAUCAUUGCCGGCGCUCUCAAAGAUGUUGGAAACGCCAUGCUACUUGCUCAAAAGCAUCCAAAGGAUGACACCAAACGAUCUUAUUUUCUAUCUCUAGUCGCAACUGAUAUCCUGUCAAUCUGGCCAGACUUAAAAGACGAUGUGUCUAAUUGCUUCGACAUCAAGAAGCUUGCCGUCCAGGUCCUCACCUAUGAGACAACGGCCAAGGAUCUACAGGCAAACUUGUCCAUGGGGUUAGGGAAUUUGAGAGUCGCUAAAGACUCUAAAAUGGUUGACACAAAAGAUAGAACAGACGCUGCGGAUGAAGUGUUGAAGGUUGAGAUGGACCUCAAGUCUGAUGACUUGGAACCACAGCAAAUCCAAGAAAGACCGACAUUUCCAGCUGGGCCAACCAUAGAAGAACAAGAAAAAGUGGAGAAAGCGCUAACAAAGACUGGUGAGAUUCCUGAUUUGGAUAAAUUUCAAGACAGGAAGCCGUUGCAUCCAGGAGCAUGGUUCUUCACGGAAAUCAAUCUAAGUGGACAUGGCGCCGUGACUGACUCUUUAGCAAUGGCAGCGUCAGAGUCUGGUAAAGCUGCGUGUACCAUUCUUGUCUACGGAGCUAUUCAGAAAAGUGCAAAACACUUGUACGUGAGUAUUUACAAUCUUAGUCUACUAGGUGAUGCCGUGGUCGUCAGUGGAUGGGGUAAUUACGUAACCAGUACGCGUGACGAAGGCGGAAUGAAAAAGACUUUGCGACAGGUUGAUGUCCAAGCUUCCUUGAAGCUUUUUGGUCUCACAGAUGAUCCACUCAAGUUUGAAGUAGAUUAUCAUGUCGAAAAUGAACUGACAACAUUCAAGGCUCUUCUCAGUUCUAUCGAAAGACCGUCUGUCAAGAGUCCUUUUGAUGACGCCUUCAAUGUCAAACUUGUGGAUCUUGGAAUUGAAGGAUAUAUACCUAAAGAUACUACAAAAAGAUGGUACGCAAUUAAGGGUGGGGUUAAAUUUGGCACUGGUGCUCUUGAACCCAAUCUGGAGGCCGCAAUAGUCUUUGAUAAGAGCUUGGUGCCGCAAGCAGCACUGAUUCGUUAUAAAAGUACUGAUGGUCGUCUUUCCGUCCAGGAAUGCUCAUCUAAGGUCAUCCAAGCGCCAGAUGACAGCUCAGCAUCAUGGCCGAAAAACCUCCCCAAUUUCUGGUUCGAAGAGAUGAUGCUCUACUAUAACAGAUCCAAAACUCCUCUAACAUUCGAAGGCAAGAAAUUGUAUCAAAAUUAUAAUCUUGAUGCCAAGGUCUACAUCUUCAAUGAAGCAUUCGACGUGCUUAUGAAGAUUUCACCAACCGGCGUGACGUUUUCUGCAAUGCUUGCAAGAACUGUGGAUCUAGAAUUUGCCGAGCUAUCAGGUUUCACGGAGGAUGGGGUCAAAGAGGACGGACCCAAGAUAUUUGUUGAAAAAAAUCCCGGCGCAGGCUUUGUUCUAGGUGUCAAAGGAAGCAUCUCUUUCCUGAAAAGUCAACCUCUAAAUCUCUCGCUACAGUAUGAAUCAGAUCAGCAAGCUAUGCGUGGCUCGAUCACACUGCCACAGGGUUUUCUCGGUACAGUGUCGGAACCAAUAUGGUUCAGAUAUAAGGAUGGCAAGUUCAGGUUCGAGUCGCUGCACAUGUUGAAUUACAUGGACAAAAUUUCAAAGUUCAAAAAGCUGAUGGAGGAAGGAUCGAAAGGUGGAGACAAUGCUUGUGGCAAGUUUUUCGAUCUUGCUUGGAGGACCUUGGUGAAGAUUCGAUACAGAUUUGCUCUUGAGUUACCCGAUAAUAAUAAUGCACCGAGUGCAUCUGCCAGGGAUGGGGUAAUGGGCAAAGCUAAGAGCAUCAUGGUGAAUGGUAAGAUACCCAUCACAGUCAGAUGGUGGGCACAGAUCUAUUUGGUCGACGAAGCUGUGGUUAAAUUGGAGAUUGAGAUGGAAAAAUUCAACAUUGAUCUGGACCCCAAACCAAGUGCCGAUAGUCUUCUUGGCAAGCUAGCUAUCAAUGUUGGGGACAAUAUGGGCAAAGUCGCUUCGGCCAUCUUUGGUGAUCCGAAGAAUCUGGCGAUCAUUGGUGGACUUUUGGCAUUUGACAAGAUCGGCCCAAUUGUUAUUAAAGCCUUCUUUUGCAGAGGAGCAACCUCGGACCCGGAUCUCAACAAAGGAGCAAAAGAUGUGAUGAAGCGGGAAACUAAGGACUGGCUAGACAAAACCGAAGAGACACUUAAGGAUGUUGCCAAAGUUGCGACCGCUAUUGCCAGUGGCGCAAUCACCGCGGCAGGCGGACUCGGUGCGGCAUGGGAAUCAUUCUGGGAUUUGGUUGCCAUCCUUGGAGUUAUGAUUUUUGUCAUUGUGGUUUUAUUGAUGCUACUGCCCGACAACGAUGCUGACAAGAAGAUAAUAAAAGACCUUGUUGAUAAAUUGCAGGAACAACAGAAAGAAAUGCUUCAGACGCUUUUGGAUGCGGAAAGAGAUCUUGUAAUGUCCUUACAGAUCAAAAAGAAAUUUACAGUAAUUCUGAAGAAAGAUUUCUCUAGGGAGACGACCAUUGACUGCGAUUGGAAAGAGGUUGUUCCACCAAACCUCACAACUUAUCUUCCCCAAACGACAUGGAAGAUUGAGGCAUCUUCAGAUUCAAAAUUUACUGUCAUUGACGCAACAGUUACCGUCGUAAAUCAAAGAAGCUGUACGCUCAACAAUACUACCGUUUGGCCAAACGUUAGAGAAAUCUUCGUCAGAAUUCGUCCAACACUAAAGUUCAUCGACGUCGUCAAACCCAAGAGUCCUCUUGAUCUAUUCAAGAGCUUCCAGGGUGGUGCGACAUACAAGAAAGACUUGAUCUAUGAGGCUCCCGCCUGGAGUGAUCCAUUGAGUUCCGUUAGCCAUUCCCCAUACCUCAAAUCGCCAACUUCGAUGGAAUUCACCCUGUCCGAGGACAGUGCUAUCCUAUCUGUGGAAGGCCCUGCAUCGAAACUCUUAAUAUCCAUCAAAAAUCUGCAGAAGUCUGUAGAACUCUACUCCCAUAUAUUCAAGCCCUCCGUUGGUCUUAAAAGGUUUGUCAAACGUCUGAAACUCAUCGCUCCACCCAACUACCCGGAAAAUAACAUCACUGGAGACAUGCAAGCCUAUGCUCAGAAUUUGAAACCAAGCGAUGACUACAGAGAUUCAGACAUCUUUGAAUCGGCAAGUUUUUCCAUCUCGAAACACCUGGUCAAUCUGAGGGCAGCCAGCCAAGGCAGAGAUAUCACACUCAGUUGGAAUCCUGAAGUACUUCCAUUUGGGAAUGCAUUUUGUGCCUCAACUUACCUCGACUUUGGAAAUUUUGGCACAUCGCAAGCAACACUGACAGCUCCCAAGACCAUUAAAAACGGCGACGAAGUGACUAUCGUUGCGGCUAGGACUCCAGAUGACAACGACCAUAGCUUUGUAGUAUUCUCUGCCACCUCCGUCAAGCUGAAUUAUCUCCCCUCCAUCACCAUAGUAACCGUUAAGAUUGACAUUGACAAGGAGAAAAUCAAUCUCGUCGUAUCCGAAUCCCUAGACUGGACCGAAGGAACUUACAAACUUUAUAUCGAAGUGUUCCAUCCAGGCUCCCCAGAGUCAGACCGACAAAAGCAGCCAGCAACUAUCCUUGACCAGAACCGCCUGUCCGCAUCAAAGUUUGACUUUACGCGCUUGACGAGCGUCGUCCCUACUUCCCCCAACAUCGCCUACACCCUCGCCGUAUGUAUUGCAGAUCCUCUCACAUCCACCGAUCGCACCGGCGAGCCUUUUAUGGGACCUCUCUUUCCUAAGUCUCUCCUCGUCGCUCCGGUGGUUUCUGUUCUCGCUCUGCGCGCUGCGGUCCUGGCUCGUUGGGAACUCAAUACGGACGACAACUCCUUCCUGGAAACGGCGAUUUCUCGCCCCCCACCAUUGAAAUCUCCAGGGAUAGCCACAGCAGCUCCAGAGACAUCACCACUACAAUCAGAAGAAGAAGAUGCAGACGUCCUCAUCCGCCGUCGCGUUGGUAAAGCGCAAAAGAGCGUGCGCUUCACAGUUGACGAUCUCGGUGUCGAGGAACUUGAGUACGGCGCGGCUUUUACAAUCAAGGUGGUACGAAUUGCUGGAGUUGUGCGCGGCAAACUUGGCACCAUGCAAGUGGUUGUGGGAGAGCGUUUGCAGACUGUUGAUCAGCGGCAGGCGACUGCUACUGUGCUCGAAGCAAUGACUGCUGAGGCCGCGCAGAUGGGGGAGAACAUACCUGAGCCUACUUUAUAG